UCGACAGGUCGCCGAUAAACCCCUUCUUCGAUAGGAUUCGGGUAUAAAAGCUUGGUCGAACAGACAGUCAGCAUCGCAUCGCAUCAUUGAAUUACACAAUGAGGUGUUUAAUUGUCCUGUUGGCUCUGGUGGCCUUAGGUGCCUGUGGCAGACAACAUGCUGCUGACCAGAAUCUCCUUAACAAACAGCAAGAUGUCAUCCAACUCCUACAGAAGAUCUCACAGCCAAUUCCAAACCAGCAACUUCAAAACCUUGGUGCUACUUAUGAUAUUGAAAAUAACUCACACCAGUAUAAUAACCCAAUCAUUGUUAUGUAUUAUGCGGGUGCUGUAAAAGCUGGCCUGGUUCAACCACAGGGUACUGUCUAUAGUAACUCGAUCAGCCAGCUUCGCAAAGAAGCCUCUCUUCUUUAUAGGAUCUUAUUGGGUGCUAAAGACUAUCAGACCUUCCUCAAAACUGCUGCAUGGGCCCGUGUUCAUGUUAAUGAGGGACAAUUUGUUAAGGCUUUAGCUGCUGCUGUGUUGACUCGUCCAGAUACCCAAGGUGUCAUUCUACCGCCAGUUUAUGAAAUCUUGCCCCAACAUCACUUGGAUGCUAGAAUCAUAGAUGAAGCUCAAAAUAUUGCAAUUCAAGGAAUUCAGAGUGGAAACACGCAAGACAUUCUCAUUCCUGUCAACUAUUCUGCACUUUUGUCUCAUGAUGAACAACAGCUAUCUUACUUUACCCAAGAUGUUGGUCUUGCUGCAUAUUAUUCUUAUGUUAACCUUGCUGGAUACGUUUUGGACGAUAAUCAACAACAACAAGAGCAACAACAACCAUUGACCCAAAAGCAGUAUCAACAACAAAUUGUUGGAAAAUACUUGCAACAAGCAGGACAACAGGACCAGCAAAACCCUAUUGGUCAUGGAGCCCAAUAUUUAUACCUCCAUCAACAACUUUUGGCACAUUACGAACUUAAUCGCCUUUCGAACGGACUUGGCCCAAUCCCAGAUAUUGAUUUCAACAAUGUUCAAGCUUUGUACCAACCACAUCUUCGUAGCCUCAAUGGACUUGAAUUUGCAGGCCGCCCCGAGAAUCUUCAACUCGAAUCUCAAAAUAACCAACAACUCAUUCAACAUGUUAGAACUCUAGUACAAAGACUGGUAGAUGCUAUUGAUUCUGGUAAUGUCAUUACCCCACAAGGUAUCUUGCUUUCUUUAUACCAACCACAGGGCAUGAACAUCCUUGGUAACCUAAUUGAAGGAUCUGGCAGAAGUGUUAACCCAAGGUACUAUGGAAGUCUUCAAGCUGCUGCUCGGAAACUUCUUGGUAAUGCUCCUGAAGUUCAGAACAUUUGGGAUUACACACCAUCGGCACUUGAGCUUGGAGAAACUGCUGUUCACGAUCCAGCAUUCUAUCAAUUAUACAAAAAUGUUAUGAACCUGUACCAACAAUACCAACAGUCUUUGCCUGCUUACCAGUACAAUGAUCUUAUCCUACCUGGUGUUUCGAUUCAGAAUGUUGAUGUUGGCCAACUUGUUACUCUCUUCACCAAUAACUAUAUCGAUCUUGAUGCCGUCACUGGUCAAUCCAGCGCGCAACAACAGAAUCAACAACAGGAUCAUGUUCAACAACAAGUUGCGGCUUACCUCAAGAGAUUGGACCAUCAACCAUACCAAUACACAAUCACGGUUCACAGUGAACAAAAUAUGCCGAACGUAGUUGUUCGUGUCUAUCUCGGACCUAAACAUGAUUACCAAGGCAAACCCAUUAGCAUCUCCCAGAGCCAACACCUCUUUGUUGAACUUGACCAGUUCAUCCAGAAUCUCCAUUCUGGCCAGAACAUCAUUAUUAGGAACUCCCAGCAGGCUCCUGGACAGAGUGCUGACUGGCCAUCUACUUCACAAAUUCAACAAGGUGUCAAUGCUGCUAUCCGAUCCCAGGAACCAUUCUUCAUCACUGAGCCACACCAAAUCUUCAGCUUCCCUGCUAGGCUGUCUCUUCCCAAAGGUCAGCAACAAGGUUUCCCACUUCAGCUCCUCGUUGUAAUCUCAGGAUCAAACCCACUUAAUGUUCCAAAUGGGCCAGUGAUCCCUGAACAAUCUCUGACCUAUCAAGCCCAGCAAUAUCAAAUUGUAAAUGCUCAACAAUACGAACAACUGAAAGAACAGAAUCAACUUGUGAAUGUAGAAGGUGGAAUUCAGCAAAACGUAGAAGUCCUACCUAAAAACUUGGUUAAUGCUCAGCAACAAAUUCCAGCUGUCAGGAAUCACUAUGCCAAGGUUUAUACUAAAUAUCACGGACAAUACCCGAAUACGCAAAUUCAAAACCCUGUUGGUCAAGGACAAGAUAUGACAUAUACCAUUCAAGGAGUUGCAGUUGUUAACGGCGGAGUAUCUGGACAAUCAUUAAGAUUACAAGGAUCAGGCAUCUCAAACCAACAAAAUCAACAGCAAGUACAGCAAGCCCAAUGGAUUCAACAACAAAUUCAGGCAGCAGUAGCAGCAGCACAAGGACAACAAGGACAACAAGGACAACAAGGACAACAAGGCCAGCAAGGACAACAAGGUCAGCAAGGACAACAAGGCCAGCAAGGACAACAAGGACAACAAGGACAACAGGGACAGCAGAGUAAAGCUGCACAAAUGAUCUAUGGACAACAACAACAACAACACCACGGACAACAUAUUAAAUGGCCGCAAUCUCACAUCGGCCAAUCAGGACAACAAGGCAGUCUGAAACGAUUACAGAUUCUACAAGGCCCGCAAGGCGUUGAAGGUGUACAAAUAGUUGAAGAUGCUCAGGGUGUUCAAUCAGGUGCUCAAGGUGUUCAACAAGGUUUCCAAGGUCUUCAAGGCGUGCAAGGCGUCCAAGGUGUCCAAGGUGUUCAAGGUGUUCAAGGUGUUCAACAAGGUGUCCAACAAGGUGUUCAAGGUCUUCAAGGAAUUCAAGGUGGAGUACAAUCUCUAUCAGGUGUUUUACAAGGAGUACCACAAUCAUGGUCUAUUGGACAAGAUGUUCAGGGAGUAAAUGUUCCAUAUGGCAUGCAAGGAGCUCAAGGUAUUGGUAGUCAAUCCUGGCAACGUUCUCCAGUUCAAGGUUCAAUAUCCGGAACUAAUAUCGUCGCUAGCGGACAACAACACGCAGGUGGCUUCCAGGGUAUCUAUGCACAGCCACAAACUGUUCAAGACUCGACUGUUAGCCAAUACUACCAAGAUAAGCCAAUCUCUGAAGUCAUUGGUGGAGCCAUCUCCCUUGACGGCAAACCCCUCGGCUUCCCAUUAGAUAGACCUCUAACUCCUGGUGCUCUUAGCGUUCCCAACAUUUUCGUGAAGGAUGUUCUUGUUUUCCACCAAGGACAACCCACCAACGACAUCACCCAGUAAAUGUUCCUACGGUGAAGUGCACGGUAUUGUUAAAAGCCGUAUAA